AGUCUGGAUCCCUGACCCUGAAGAAGUAUGGCGCUCAGCUGAAUUAAUCAAGGACUACAAGGAAGGAGAGAAGAGCCUCCAGCUCAAACUUGAAGAUGAAACUAUCCAGGAGUAUCCAGUUGAUGUCCAAAAGAACCAGCUGCCUUUCUUACGGAAUCCGGAUAUUUUGGUGGGAGAAAAUGACCUCACUGCCCUUAGCUAUCUGCAUGAGCCUGCAGUUUUGCAUAAUCUAAAGGUCCGUUUCCUGGAGUCGAAUCACAUCUACACUUACUGUGGUAUUGUGCUCGUUGCCAUUAAUCCAUAUGAACAGUUGCCAAUCUAUGGACAGGAUGUCAUCUAUGCUUACAGUGGCCAAAAUAUGGGUGACAUGGACCCCCACAUCUUUGCUGUGGCAGAAGAAGCCUACAAGCAGAUGGCCAGAGAUGAGAAGAACCAGUCCAUCAUAGUCAGCGGGGAGUCUGGAGCCGGGAAGACAGUGUCAGCCAAGUAUGCCAUGCGUUAUUUUGCCACAGUUGGCGGCUCAGCCAAUGAAACCAACAUUGAAGAGAAGGUCCUGGCGUCCAGUCCCAUCAUGGAGGCCAUUGGAAAUGCUAAAACCACUCGUAAUGACAACAGCAGUCGCUUUGGAAAGUACAUUCAGAUUGGCUUUGAUAAAAGGUACCACAUCAUUGGGGCCAACAUGAGGACCUACCUGUUGGAAAAGUCCAGAGUGGUCUUUCAGGCAGACGAUGAGCGGAAUUACCACAUCUUUUACCAGCUCUGUGCUGCUGCCAGUGUUCCGGAAUUUAAGGAGCUUGCCCUAACAUGUGCCGAGGACUUUUUCUAUACAUCCCAGGGAGGAGACACGUCCAUCGAGGGUAUAGAUGAUGCUGAAGACUUUGAGAAGACUCGACAAGCCUUCACCCUUCUCGGAGUGAGAGAAUCCCAUCAGAUAAGCAUUUUUAAGAUAAUUGCUUCUAUCCUGCACCUUGGAAAUGUGGAGAUUAAGUCUGAACGCGAUGGUGAUUCCUGUAGUAUAUCACCCCAGGAUGAACACCUAAACAACUUCUGCCAACUGCUAGGGGUGGAGCACAGUCAGAUGAUGCACUGGCUGUGCCACUGCAAGCUGGUCACCACCUCUGAGACCUAUGUCAAGACCAUGUCCCUGCAGCAGGUGGUCAAUGCACGCAACGCCCUGGCCAAGCACAUCUACGCCCAGCUGUUUGCCUGGAUUGUGGAGCACAUCAACAAGGCCCUGCACACCUCCCACAAGCAACACUCCUUCAUCGGAGUCCUGGACAUCUAUGGGUUUGAGACAUUCGAGGUAAACAGCUUUGAGCAGUUUUGUAUCAACUAUGCUAAUGAAAAGCUGCAGCAGCAGUUCAACUCGCAUGUAUUCAAACUGGAGCAAGAAGAAUACAUGAAGGAGCAGAUUCCUUGGACUUUGAUUGACUUUUAUGAUAACCAACCUUGUAUUGACCUCAUAGAAGCUAAGCUGGGUAUCUUGGACCUGUUGGAUGAAGAAUGUAAGGUUCCCAAAGGUACUGACCAGAACUGGGCUCAAAAACUCUAUGACCGACACUCCAGCAGCCAGCACUUCCAGAAACCUCGCAUGUCCAACACAUCCUUCAUUGUAGUCCACUUUGCAGAUAAGGUGGAGUACCAUUCAGAUGGUUUUCUGGAGAAAAACAGAGACACAGUCAAUGAAGAACAGAUCAACAUCCUGAAGGCCAGCAAGGUAAAGAACAUCAGAAACUUUGAUCCCAGGAGAGCAGUGCAGCAGCUCAGAGCCUGUGGGGUGUUGGAGACAAUUCGUAUCAGCGCUGCUGGCUACCCCUCCAGGUGGGCCUACCAUGACUUCUUCAACCGAUACCGGGUGCUUAUCAAAAAGCACGAGCUCGCCAACACGGACAAAAAGGCCAUCUGCAAGUCUGUCCUGGAGAACCUCAUCAAGGAUCCCGACAAGUUCCAGUUCGGCCGCACCAAGAUCUUCUUUCGAGCAGGCCAGGUGGCAUACCUGGAGAAGCUUCGGGCUGACAAGCUGGCUGAGCAUCUGCGGCAGACCAGGGCAGCUUUGGUGUUCCAGAAGCAGUACCGGAUGCACAGGGCCCGCCUGGCCUACCAGCGUGUCCACAGGGCUGCUGUGGUCAUCCAAGCCUUCACUCGGGGCAUGUUUGUGCGGAGAAUCUACCACCAGAACAAAGAGUUCAAGACAUUGUCAGAACAGUUGUCUGUGGUCACCUCCACACAUGCCAUGGAGGUGGGGAAGCUGAAGAAGGAGCUGGCACAGUACCAGCAGAGCCAGGGUGUGGACACCAGCCUGAGGCUGCAGGAGGAGGUGGAGAGCCUGCGGACGGAGCUGCAGAAGGCCCACUCAGAGCGCAAAGUCCUGGAGGAUGCUCACACCAGGGAGAAAGAUGAGCUGAGAAAGCGAGUGGCAGACCUGGAGCAAGAAAAUGCUCUCUUGAAGGAUGAGAAAGAACAGCUUAACAACCAAAUCCUGUGCCAAUCUAAAGAUGGAUUUGCUGAGAACUCUGUCAAGGAAAAUCUGAUGAAAGAUCUGGAGGAGGAGCGGACCCGGUACCAGAACCUCGUGAAGGAAUAUUCACAGUUGGAGCAGAGAUAUGACAACCUUCAGGAUGAGAUGACCAUCAUAAAGCAAACUCCAGGCCACAGGCGGAACCCAUCAAACCAAAGUAGCUUAGAAUCUGACUCUAAUUACCCCUCCAUCUCGACAUCUGAGAUCGGAGACACAGAGGAUGCCCUCCAACCGGUGGAUGAAAUCGGCCUGGAGAAGGCGGCCAUGGACAUGACAGUCUUCCUGAAGCUGCAGAAGAGAGUGCGAGAGCUGGAGCAGGAGAGGAAGAAGCUGCAAGUGCAACUGGAGAAGCGAGAGCAGCAGGACAGCAAGAAAGUCCAGGUGCGAGGAGGGGUUGCCAGCCCUCAGAGCGUGCCUCGGGGUACUGGGAUCAAAGCAGAUCCAGCUCACUUCUCCCAGGGGUGGCAUGGGAGUAACGGACUGUGUCACUUGCCUGUCUUCCAGAGGCAGGAGCUGGAGUCGGAGAACAAGAAGCUGAAGAAUGACCUGAAUGAGCUGAGGAAAGCUGUUGCUGACCAAGCCACACAGAACAACUCCACCCACAGCUCCCCAGACAGCUACAGCCUCCUGCUGAACCAGCUCAAGCUGGAGCCAAACAUUAAUGCCAGAACAAGUUGGCCCAACAGUGAAAAGCACGUGGACCAGGAAGAUGCCAUCGAGGCUUACCAUGGGGUCUGCCAGACGAACAGGUUGCUGGAGGCACAGCUGCAGGCCCAGAGCCGAGAGCAUGAGGAGGAGGUGGAGAGUCUCAAGGCCCAGGUGGAAGCCCUAAAGGAAGAGAUGGACAAGCAGCAGCAGACCUUCUGCCAGACGCUGCUGCUCUCCCCAGAGGCCCAGGUGGAGUUCGGCAUCCAGCAGGAGAUAACCCGGCUGACGAAUGAGAAUCUGGACCUUAAAGAACUGGUGGAAAAGCUGGAGAAGAAUGAGAGGAAGCUCAAGAAGCAGCUAAAGAUCUACAUGAAGAAAGUCCAGGACCUAGAAGCUGCCCAGGCGCUGGCCCAGAGUGAGAGCAGGCGCGAUGAGCUCACCAGGCAGGUCACGGUCCAGCGGAAGGAGAAGAACUUCCAGGGCAUGCUGGAGUACCACAAGGAGGAUGAGGCCCUUCUCAUUCGGAACCUGGUGACAGACCUGAAGCCCCAAAUGCUGUCAGGCACAGUGCCCUGUCUCCCUGCCUACAUCCUCUACAUGUGCAUCCGGCACGCGGACUAUGUCAACGACGACCUCAAGGUGCACUCUUUGCUGACCGCCACCAUCAAUGGCAUUAAGAAAGUCCUGAAGAAGCACAACGAUGACUUUGAGAUGACGUCAUUCUGGUUAUCCAAUACCUGCCGCCUCCUUCAUUGUUUGAAGCAGUACAGUGGGGAUGAGGGCUUCAUGACUCAGAAUACCGCGAAGCAGAAUGAGCACUGUCUUAAGAACUUUGACCUCACUGAAUACCGUCAGGUGCUGAGUGACCUUUCUAUUCAGAUCUACCAGCAGCUCAUUAAAAUCUCUGAGGGCGUGUUGCAGCCUAUGAUAGUUUCUGCUAUGUUAGAAAAUGAGAGCAUUCAGGGUCUAUCUGGUGUGAAGCCGACAGGCUACCGGAGGCGCUCCUCCAGCAAGAUGGAUGGAGACAACUCAUACUGCCUGGAAGCGAUCAUCCGCCAGAUGAAUUCCUUUCACACAGUCAUGUGCGAGCAGGGUCUGGACCCCGAGAUCAUCCAGCAGGUGUUCAAACAGCUCUUCUACAUGAUCAAUGCUGUGACACUCAACAACCUGCUCUUGCGGAAGGACGUCUGCUCUUGGAGCACAGGCAUGCAACUCAGGUACAAUAUAAGUCAACUUGAGGAGUGGCUCCGAGGAAGAAACCUUCACCAGAGUGGAGCCGUUCAGACGAUGGAGCCUCUGAUCCAAGCAGCCCAACUCCUACAAUUAAAGAAGAAAACCCAGGAGGAUGCCGAGGCCAUCUGCUCGCUGUGCACCUCCCUCAGCACCCAGCAG